UCCGAAUCGCUCGCAACUCGCGCAAAGAUGUCGACGCCGCUUUUAUUCGCGCUAGCCGCGUCCGCGUGUUUCCUCGCCAUCGCGUGUGAUACAGUGUUCCCCGACGUCACGCACCCGGGUCACCGCGUUACGGACACGGAGGAGCGCCCCGUGCAGGAGGAAAGCCACGCGGAUAGCGACAGAAACGACUUCACGCACGUGGUUGAAGAUGUCACGCACGUGGUUGAAGAUGUCACGCACGCGGAUAACGACGCCUCACACGCGGAUAGCGACGCAACCACUGAAAACGACUACCAGGACCUCUUCAAAGUCCUGAACAUGGGGAUCGCCAACACGCUGCGAGGUAUGAGACGCGCUCCGUUCUACAACCUAGCUCCGAACAUGUUCCUGGUCAGAAACAACCUAAGUAACAAAGGGAUGAAUGAGGGCAUCGAGGGCGAGCCAGUGACGCGAGUUGUGUCGUUAGUGCAGUUGGCCAAGUCGGCCGACGCCUUGUUCGAGUCGCAUAGUUUGUACUGUUUGCUCUCGGAUAAGACGGGGUUGCAGAUUGCUCGGGCUCCGGGAAACGGAGAGCUAGGCGUCCGCAUCAAGAAGAUCGACGACCGAUUCGAGAAUGAGAUCCAAGAGGGCCGAGGGCGGCACGACAUCGCCUUCCUGCCGAUCAUGUACGCGAUGGGCGUCAUCAUGACGAUGCUGGGCGUCAUCACGUUCCUGACGAUCAAGAGCAUCACGAUCGGCGUGAUUCUCCUCGUCGUGGCCUACACGUACACCCUCGGGAAGCUGAAGCACCACAAGAAGUUCCUGUACCACUACCCGGAGCACUACCACCACCACCACCCGCACCCCCCGCACCACCACAAGGCCUACGCCAUCGACGUCCUCCAGCACGACAUCCUCCACGACUACGAACACGAGUUCCCGCUCAGCCCGCACGCCCACGAGACCGCCUACCACGUCGACGCCGCCUCCGCCUCCGCCUACGAGCCCCAGGUGGCCGCCUCCAGUCCGGCCCAGGACACCCGCAAGGCCUACUCGCAGGCCGGCUGGGCCUACGUCCUCGUCGACAAGGUACCCCAGAAGAUGAGUCAGUUCACCCAGAAGCGCGGGGUCGUCGCCAAGAAGAAGCGGAAAGUCAGCCACAUUGAAAAGAAGCUAAGUAGUCUUGGCUAGUCCUAACUUAUCAUUCCAACAUGCUCCUCAUAGCAGUGGCAGUUCCAGCAGGUUCCCAACACUUGUAAUACUCCAUUUAAAUUCAUUAAAUAUAUCGAUUCUGGGUGAGACAAUUGAGACAUGCUGCCUCACCUAGAAUCGAUUGUUUAGCAUAGGUUUAAAUUAAGAAAACACAGUGUUGCCAACUUGCAAGAAUCGCCACUGCCUCAUAGCGAAGAGAGCCGUAAGUGCUAAAUUAAGUUUCAAGAAAAUGGGCUCAGUGGCUUCUAAGCGGAUUUUAUUGAGAGAGGAAUUUGUCUCUCGGCCAAUUUGUCACUAAUCAUCCGAAAAACUCCCCGAAAUCGUUAAGAUGAUAAAAAAUCCCCAAAUUCAUUUAAACUACAUGAAAAGGGUAUUUUUCAUUUUCAUGAUAGGCUAGUGUUAGGUAAGUCAGCCGUAAGUGCACCUCCUCCAUGCUUUUGUGGUUGCGUUUUGGACACACAAUUCACAAAUUUUCAGGUUACGUAUAGCCCAAAAAGAUCGUCAUUUUCCCUACUACUCUCAUCGGCUCUCUGGUAUAAUAUUGCUCCUAACGAUUGUUUUGUCCGAAACAACGCCAAUUUUCGCGCACUCACGGCUUCCUCAUUUAUCUCGUUUUUGCACGGAUGAGAUGAAUUGAGCUGUUUUAGCUGUCUCAGUGAUUUAAUCUAAAAGAGAUUAGACGAAUUUCGAAGGAAACUCGAUUUAGAAAAUUUGAGAAUUACGGCUCUCUUCGCUAUGACGGCAGAAGACUUGGUUCCCUACUGCGAUGAGUCGGUCGUUGGUCGAGCUGUGAUAUAGGAGGGACUUUAAUGGGAGAGUAUAAACACCGUGGAGCCCAGUCCGAUUGGCUCAAUAAUAUUGGGGCCGAUUUCGUGAUCCUUCUUCUUUUCCUCAGGGAGGUCCCAUAGGGUCGUAUCCAACCAAUAUUAAUGAGAUCUUAAACAAUGCAAUUUUUAUGGCUUAACGAGGCCUUGACUUUUUAGGGAUGACCAUGAAUAUUACCCACGAGGUUACAGCGUGAGCAAGUGAGGCUUAAUGACAAUUUUAACGCAGCUUCAUAAAAAUGACAAUUUUUAAGAAAAUCGAGUAGAACUUGGCCGCAUUUCUGCCGAAUGGAACCAUAGCGACAGUUGGAAAAGAAGGGGUGUGCUCGUUAGUUGAGAGCCGUGAAAAUGAAUGGGAAUUAUUGAGCACCAGUGACGUCAGCGUCGACGACUGGGACUGCGGACGACGCGACGUUCGGGGAUCUUAAACUCAUGAGCCCUGUCCAUAACGCUCUUGUCACAUGCCCAUGGCGCAUGAGUGCCGCAUUUAGUUGGCACAUAGUCCC